AUGUGUUGGUUAGCUGUAGCCUUUGUUCUGCUCUUCCACCUCAAUGGUGGUUGGUGUUGUUCCCGCCCUGAAAGAGAUUACCUUUUGCGUUUCAAGGAUUCUGUUGUUGAUCCCUCCAAUCAACUGCUCAACUCAUGGCAUGGUUUCAACUGUUGUGAGUGGAAUGGAAUCCAAUGCCAUCCUCACACACAUCAUGUCAUUCGUCUCGAUCUCCACAGUUCCUAUGAUGCUCGAUAUGGUGAUAGUCCUAAUCUCGAAAUGCCUCUCAAUAAUUUAGCUGGGGAUGUUCUUUCCCCAUUGUUCAAUCUGGAACAGUUGGAACACCUGGAUCUCAGCUGGAAUAAUUUCUAUGUAGUUCCCAUCCCACCUGGGUUGGCCAGACUCAAGAGUUUGCGCUACUUGGACUUAUCAUGGGCUGGGUUUAGUGGAGAUAUUCCCAGGGAGCUGGGGAACAUGUCUACUUUGCGCUACUUGGAUCUGUCGAACAAUGAUCUGAGAAUGGUGGACAUGCGGGCGUGGACUGGAAACAUGAGAGAUUUACGGCAGCUCAUCCUGGACUAUGUGAACAUGUCAAGAGUGGUAAGCAAUGAGUUGGACAAUGCUCUCUCCACCAUGUACACUCUCACCCGUCUUCAAAUGUCCCACUGUGAUCUUUCUGGAGAAACUCCCCCUUCCCUUGCCAACCUCACCAAUCUCACCCACCUCCAACUUAAUGACAACAGAUUCCAUGGUCGCAUCCCUUCUGCCCUGCUGAGCCUUCCAAGACUGCAACUAAUGGACUUGUCCUUUAAUAGGGAUCUAGGAGGGAACCUGUCAAGCAUUCUACCCCAACACUCUGCUUCCCUUCACACCCUUAUUCUUUCAGCCACAACAGUGGGAGGAACCAUUCCGGACUCUGUUGCCAACAUUUCCUCGUUAACUGUCUUGCAUCUCUCAGACUGCCAUGUUGAAAGUAUACCAAUUACUAUGGCAAAUAUCACAGCGCUUAAAGAAUUGUAUCUCUAUAAUAACAUGUUAAGAGGGCAAAUCCCGCCGUUUGGGGAUAGAGCUCCGCUGGGAAGACCUUUUCCUUUGGCCUAUAUUGGUCUAUCCCAUAACCAGUUGGAUGGUCCCAUUCCUCCAAUGCUGUUGACUGCAUUUCCGAAUCUCCAAUGUGUUGAUUUGAGUUACAAUCAAUUGAGUGGCAGUAUUCCAUCCCCCGCCAAUACGCUUCACUACCUUACAAAGCUUGAUCUGAGUUGCAAUGCAUUGACGGGUAAAUUCCCCCCUUCAAUUGACCAACUCUUACCUCUGGAACACCUUGAUCUAAGCAACAACAAUUUAGAAGGUGCCAUCCCUCUCAACAUUUCCAAUCUUCCUAAACUGAACAGCCUGUACCUGUACUCCAACCGGUUAAGUGGGACUUUUUCAGAGUCUCACCUUGAUAAUCUCAGCCAGCUCGUCCAUUUAGACAUUUCCGAUAAUCUUUUAACUGCCAAGUUCAGUCCAACAUGGAUUCCAAGAUUCUCUUUGGAAAAGCUGGGAUUAAGGUCAUGUAACUUGGAAGGCGGUAUUCCAACAUUCCUAAUAACUCAAUAUAGGGUUCAAGAUGUGGAUUUGUCCAACUGCAGUCUUGCAGGAAAUAUUCCCCAGUGGGUAUGGACUGUCAAUUCACUUCAGAAUCUCAAUCUUUCUCAUAAUCACUUUGCAGGAGUUCUACCUCGUUCGUUGAUGGGAGGUCAAUUGGGGAGUCUGGAUUUGCAUAGCAAUAAUUUACAAGGUCAGCUUCCGCUCAUUUCUGAUGGCCUGUGGUAUCUGGACGUGUCAGAGAAUCAACUCAGUGGAUCCAUUCCAGCAGAAUAUUUUAGUCUUGAUUAUCUGUCCCUGUCUCGAAAUUAUCUCAACGGUAGCAUUCCACCUUCUAUAUGCCAAAUUGAGAUUGUGGAUCUCUCAAAUAACAAACUUACAGGUAAGAUUCCUGCCUGUUUGAAAAAUAGCUCUUCCAUUAAGAUGUUGAACUUAGAGAACAAUUGCUUGGAGGGCAAGGUACGACAGGGGCUUGGAGACAUGCUUUCUCUCCAAACAUUACAAUUGGGUGGGAAUGGACUGAAGUCGUAUAUCCCACCCUCUCUUGCAAACUGUAAGGACUUGGAGAUACUAGAUUUGAGCAAUAACAAAAUGAGAGGGAACAUUCCAACUUGGAUAGGGCAGCUUUUGAAGCUUAAGAUUUUGAUCUUGAGAUCAAAUAGAUUUGAAGGCAUAAUACCUUUAGAAGUUACAACACUGCCACUUCUUCAAAUCUUGGAUCUUUCAUGCAACAAAUUUUCAGGAAUCAUUCCGGCCACCAUUUCAUCUUUGCAGGCCAUGAAAAACCAGACAGUAACAGCUGAAAUAUUUAAAGCUAGUACUUUUAACAACAUUAUCUAUGUGGACCGAGUGACAGUCAUUAACAAAGCACAAGAAUUGGAGUAUGUAAGAUCAUUGGCACUGGUAAAAUGUAUUGAUCUAUCAAACAACAAUUUAGCAGGUAGAAUUCCUCCAAACAUGGGAUUGCUCGAGGGUUUGGUUAUUCUUAAUAUUUCAAGAAACCAUAUUACUGGUGAAAUCCCAAAGAGUUUGGGGAAAAUAGUACAGCUGGAGUCUCUUGAUCUGUCACACAACCAACUGUCUGGAAAUAUCCCUUUAGAGUUGCAAUUGCUCAUAUUCUUGGAAUACAUGGAUGUGUCCCACAAUAAUCUUUCAGGAAAGAUACCAGAAGGGGGACAAUUCUACACAUUUGGGGCAUCGUCUUUUUCAAACAACUCAGACCUGUGCGGCCUCCAAAUCAAUACAACCUGUUGCGGCCAUCACCAAAAUAAAUCUUGUCCUGCAAGCAUUCGACCAGAGAUAAAUGUUGAUGAUGAUGAAGAAGAAGAUAUAUGGUGGGGAGUUGGUCUGGGAAUGAGCUUUGCAGUUGGGUUUUCUAUCAUAAUGCAUGUUAAAAGGUUGAAUAUCAUGGAUUGGUUCGAGAAAUAUCUGGAAGAUGAUGGGGUUGAUGCGGAGGAAGGUGAUGUGGACAUCACAAAUGCUUCAUUCUUGAAUGAGGAGGGCCUGAUAGAGAUGCCUCCAGGAGAGCCAAAGGACUAG